GUCACGUGGGACGGUCCGGGGAGCGGGCGGACGGAGGGGCCGAGGGAUGGAGCCGCCGCCCGGGGCCGGGGUGCGCGGCCGAGCCCGGUACCAGAGCCCGCCCGAGUUCCAGGCCUGUCCGCAGGCGGCGCCCCGGGGGCUCCGCGACCCCUCGGCCGAGCUGUGGCUGAUCAAAGCGCCGGCCGGCUUCCAGCCCCGCAGUUUCUCUGGAAAGAAGAUCCCAUUGGUUGGUUUUGACACUCUCCGGUCUAAAACGUGCGAGGACAAAGUUUACAACGUGUUUGCCACACCGGGCAAUGCAGACGACGUCUGUUUGAUCCUCCCCUCGGAAGAAGAGGGCAGGACGGAUAGCUACUCUGAUUUUGCCGGGUGCAUCACCAUCGACGAGAACUGGGAGGGCACAGGCAGCAGUUGUGAGCCAUGCUCCAUCCCCACCAGCCCUGCUCCUGGCAUCCCACUGGACUUGAAACUCCGGUUCCAGCCUUUCGGGGUGGGCCCACCCGGCUGGUCACCCAGGAAACAGCAGCGGGCGCCGAGCAGCAGGAAGAGGCGGGCAAGAGAGGAGCCGGCGAACGGGGGGCUCGAAACCGUCCACCAAGCUGCGGAUCCUGAGACACAGGGCGGCUCCAGGAAAAGGAAGAGGAGCAAGGAGCGGCAGGAGGGUGUCUUCCAAGCGUCAGAUCCAGAAACGGAGCCCAAGCACAGAAAGCGGAAGAAGAGGAGCAAAGGUGAGAGUCACGAGGCUGUGCCCCGUGAAUCAGACUGCAGACACAAGAAGAAGAAGAAGAAGAAGGAUAAGAGUUGAGUGUCAACAAAUGGUGUAACUCCCUGCCAGUGAUCGGGUAUCCUGUCACAAAUGGGGUCUCAGUGGCACCAAUUAUGAGAGACUCUCCACCCAGCAGAGUAGGAUUGCACCUUGUUCCAUUGCUCUCCUGAACUGGGUGGUGAAUGUUCUUUCAGUGACUGAACUUGCCUUUGCAUUAUCAUCUUGGGUACAGUGGAGGACCUCCUCCCCCCCCCCCCCCCCCCCAAAUUUAGCGUUAAACUUCUUGUGCGGGUGUUACUAGCUGGGGCACUGGUGAAUUGUUGCCUUCUACUCUAGGAAUGCCUCUCGCCAGGUAUAAGGGAUUUUAAUACCUCCUGAGUAGCCAUUUUCUCAAGCUAAGUGUCAUGUGCCUACGGCAAGGCAGUGGAGUUGAAGCAGAUUGGCAGUUACCUGAGUUAUAGAAUAAGUGGAAGGGGUUGAAUGGCCUGCCAUGUUCUUGUGUUCCUUCCCACAUAAACCAAGAUGUGUGUAUUGGAGGUGGCAGCAUAUCAGUGGAACCUCUCUGCAUAGAGUAGAUGCUUUGGAAGUUAUCUAUUGUGGGCACCCUGUAGCCAAUUUUCUUCUGAACGUGGGGUCACUGAAGAAUGUUGAAUGUCUCCCUCCUUGUUCUUGAUCCCAUGUAGAACCACACAUGAGGUGUUCUGUCCAUCUGACCUGAACUGUUUCUGAAGGAAUAAUUCAUUUAGCCCCACCUCUUUCCCCAAACUGUUCAAAUCUUUAUUCUUUAAAUGCUUGGGCUCACAUUGCAGAUCAUGACAGCUCACUGCAUUGAGAAAACACUUUCCUUGCCUAUUCUCUGGUUUUGUCAGUUGCUAAAAAUCUUUUCAGUAUCUUCUAUUUAUCAGCCCUCCUGCCCAAGAUGGAUUAGAUCAGAUUCCAUUUCACUACAAUGGAAUUUUAUAGGCAGGAGCUUUGCUCUGUACCCCUCUGCUGUCACUGCUAUUGGAGUCUGUGAGGUGUAGACUUUAUUCUUUGUUUACCCUGUGACAGGACAGGAAGUUUAUAACCUGUUUCUGGUUUAUUUUCUAACCCUGCUGCAAGAGUGUUUGAUUGCGAUGGUGUGGAGGGGAGCUUUGUACUGUAUUAAAUCCUUUCUUGGGUCUUUCUGCUCAGGCUUCCAUGUUUUGUGUUAAAAUUAUUUUAUUAAAAAGAUGGAAUGCUG